GUUGAUAUAUCGUGGCGACUUUAAUCUCGACGUGUCGACAAUAAAGUUGAAAUUAGUUCAAGAGAGCCAACCGCUGCACAGGAUACAUGCACAGAAUCCAGAAUCAGACAUGCCUUGUGUAGAUGAUUUGGUCAAAUUGUACUUUAGAAUCGGGUUUAGCAAUAAGGAAAUCCUCUGUCUUUUAGCCCAGAACCACAGUGUGAUUAUUAGUGUAAGGACGCUGAAAAGGUUGUGCCGAAAACAUCAACUUUUCAGAAGGAAAAAUCAUACAAACUUGGAAGAAGUGGCCGCAUUCUUGCAUACUGAAAUUGCUGGAAAUGGGCAGAUGCAAGGAUAUCGAUGGUUACAUCUGCGUGCAAUACAGAGAGGUUAUGUUGUAUCGCAAAAUACAAUAAGACAAUUGAUCAAGUUGCUUGAUCCUGAAGGGGUGGAGUACAGGCGUGCGCGGCGCCUGAGACGCAGGCAAUAUCACAGCAAAGGUCCCAAUGCGCUCUGGCAUAUGGAUGGGUAUGAUAAGCUAAAGCCAUACGGCAUUGCCAUCAGUGGUUGCAUUGACGGUUUUAGUCGCUAUAUUGUGUGGAUGGAGGCCUACAUAACAAACAACGAUCCAAAAGUAAUUGCCGACUACUUCGUCUCAUCCACAACUCGCUUGGGAGGAUGUCCGGAGCGACUGCGCGCUGACAGAGGGACGGAAAAUGGGCACAUCGAAAACAUGCUUAUCUUCCUGCGCAGGAAUCACACAGACUCUUUCGCAGGAGAACGAAGUUUCAUCUAUGGACGCAGCACUGCAAACCAGCGAAUUGAAUCCUGGUGGGGGGUCUUGAGGAGACAGAGUGUACAGUUCUGGAUCAACCUUUUCCAAACUCUUCAACGUGAUGGGCAUUUCUCAGGGGAUUUCUUGGAUAAGAGUCUGAUCCAAUUCUGCUUUCUAAAUCUAGUUCAGGCUGAACUUGAUGAAGUCGUGCAAACCUGGAAUUCACACAAGUUGACAGCAAGGGCAGGCCAGGGUGUGACUGGAGGUCGCCCUAUUUUGAUGUACACUCUACCACAGAUGUAUGGUGGUGAGGACCAUCUCAAGACAAUUGACAAGGAAGAGCUGGACCUUUGUAAGGAGGAAUGCACCCCCAAAAGUCAAUACCCAUGUGAUGAGACUGUAUUUGAGCUCUGCUGUCUUCUGAUGCAAGAAAAUGGAUGGGAUGCUCCAAGAGAUGCAUUUUCUGCUGCUGAACUGUACACUUCAUUGAGAACUGAAAUACUGUUUCAUUUGUAA